AUGUCGUUACAGUACUGGAGCACCAGCGACGGCACCCACGUGUUCUCCCACACCGCCAGCCAAAAGUACUUGGAGCUCUCGGGCCACAACGCCCCCCAGGUGCUGACGCUGCCCCCGUCAGCCACCCAGGCGGGACCGUCGCUGACAGUGGCGGCGAUCUUGGGGACCAUCCGCCUCAAGUACAAUACCUACGUCAUCGUCAUCGACACCUAUACUACGGUGGGGCGCGUGAUGGGCAAGGAGAUCGCUAAAGUCGGCGAUACGAGGGUGUUGCCGAUUGGUACCGUGCUGGAGGUGGCGAAGAAACUGACGGAGGAACAGGAGUACGUGCGUCUUCUUAAAGCUCAUUUGAGCAAAGCCACCCUUUACUUCAGUCUCAACAACGAGUACGACUUGACCAACUCUCUCCAGCGCCAGUAUACUGGAGAACUGAAGUCGUACGACCAGCGGUUCUGGUGGAACCACUACCUCUCCACCGACUUGGUGGCGGCUAAGGCUGGUGUUUUUGUCACCCCCGUCAUCUACGGUUACGUCCACAGCUACACCGUCCAGUUUGCCAAGCAGCAGUACCUUGAAUUCGCCUUAAUCACCCGGCGCCUGGUGCUGAGAGCGGGCACGCGGUACUUCCGCCGGGGUGUCGACACCAGCGGGGACGUCGCCAACUACAACGAAACCGAGCAGGUGUUGGUGACGUCGCAGAACCAGUUGUACUCGCUCGUGCAGACGCGGGGGUCGGUGCCGGUGUACUGGGCUGAGAUCAACAACCUCAAGUACAAGCCCAACCUCGUCGUCAGCUCGCAGUCUCUGGCCGACGCCACUGCCAAGCACUUUGACACCCAGGUGAAGUUGUACGGGGACCAGUACUGUGUCAACUUGGUCAACCAGCUGGGCUACGAAAAGCCGGUCAAGGACGCCUAUGAAAACGCUGUGGAAACGUUGCCGCCUCAAUUGGCCGACAAGGUCAACUACAUCUACUUCGACUUCCAUCACGAGUGUCUGAAGAUGCGUUGGGACCGGGUGAAGUUGUUGCUCGACGUCCUCGUUCGCUUGGGCUACACGCUGGACAACGUGUUCCACUACGACUUGGCCAACUCCAAGGUCAUCAGCACCCAAAACAAGGUCGUCCGUACCAACUGUAUGGACUGCUUGGACCGUACCAACGUCGUGCAACUGACGAUCGCCCGCUGGGUAUUGCAACGCGAGCUUGUCGAACAGGGCUACGUCAACGAGUCGUCACCCUGGGAAAUCGCCGACCCCGACUUCAACUUGGUGUUCAUGCUGGCCUGGGCCGACAACGCCGACGCCGUGUCCAAGGCGUACUCGGGCACCGGCGCCCUUAAGACAGACUACACCCGUACGGGUAAGCGUACCAAGCAAGGGGCGCUCAAGGACUUGCAGAACUCGAUUCUGCGGUACUACCAAAACAACUUGUCCGACGGCCACCGCCAGGACGCCUACGACUUGAUCUUGGGGGUCUACCGCCCCUAUCAGGACCUGGUGCAAUCUCCGUUCAUCGACACCCGUCCCCCUUAUGACCAAUUAUUACCCUACCUUAUGGGGACGCUGUUGGUGAUCUUCUUGGCGAUGCUCAUCUUCCCCAAGGGGUCGUUGUUGAGCUUGCGUAACUUGGUGGUGUUGGUGCUGUGCAUUGCCUUCAACGUCCGCCUGUUCCGCUACCUUAACAAGGCCGGGUACCAGUUUGUCGACUGGCCGCGGUUGGUGCAGUUGGACUUCUUGCGCAAGACUGAAGUCAGCAACGGCAACAAGGUGGUGGGUUCGCGGUACGUGGAGCUGGAUGCGUUCAAGGUCCACAAGCGUAAGGACAAGUAA